AAAUUAUAUACAUAAAUGUACAAAAUAAAAAACAAAUUUUCAAAAUUUAAAAAAAAAAUGGUUCUGUUGGGUGAAACUUUUCCAAAUUUUACGGCAUCAACUACUGAAGGAGCCAUACAAUUUCAUGAAUGGCUUGGCAAUUCAUGGGGUGUUUUAUUUUCUCAUCCAAAUGAUUUUACACCAGUUUGUACUACUGAAUUAGCUCGAGUUGUACAGUUAAUGCCGGAGUUUAAACGUCUUGGUGUUAAAGUUAUUGCAAUGUCCUGCAAUUCAAUUGAAAGCCAUAUAAACUGGAUUGAGGACAUUAAAAGUUAUGCUGAGGUGCCUGUAGAACGGUUUCCAUAUCCAAUAAUUGAAGAUGAAUCUCGUACAUUGUCGACCUCUUUAGGAAUGUUGGAUCCUAACGAACUUGAUAGCAAUGGAAUUCCGUUAUCAGCACGGGCAGUAUUCAUUGUAGAUCCUAAUAAAAAAAUGCGUUUGUCCAUUUUGUAUCCAGCCACAACUGGACGAAAUUUUGAUGAAAUUUUAAGAGUUAUUGAAUCUCUUCAACUGACAGAUAAAUAUUUGGUGGCAACUCCUGUUGAUUGGAAGAAAGGUGAAGAUGUUAUGGUUCAGCCCAGUGUACCUCAUGGAAAAGCCGAAGAGUUAUAUGGUGACAAGUUGAAGGUAUUGAACUUGCCUUCUUCUAAACCAUAUUUGCGUAUAGUGCCGCAGCCAAUAGAUCCGACACAAAAUUAAAAUCUGUAAUUUUAUAUCAUUCCAUAAAUUUUUAUAUUGUCAUCAAAAUUAUUAUACUAUCUGUUGGUCAUAUUAUUUUUAAAAUAAAUUCUUUCAACAGAACAUAAAUAUUAUUUUAGUAUU